CAGAGUGCGAAGGCGCGUCUGCGGUCCAUUGAACGCGUGGUGAGCUAAUGCUGGCUUGGCUUGUUAGAUAAUCGAUUAAAGUGAUAUCAGCGAACGACCUUAUGCUAAGUGAGAUGCAUUUUAAAACGGAAUAGAGGACCGGUCGAGCGGUCGAUUCCGCGAUGUGCUAAUCGCGGUUAUGUGACGAUUUUCGGUGAUACAUGUAAAGGUCACACGGGCGUGGUGCGCUUGCGCAUAACGGCAAUAACGGAUGUAAAGCGGCUACAAAUUGGUAGAUUAAUUCGAAUGCGAUUUGAUUCAGUUUGCUGAGAAAGAUUUCGAUUACCAUUCGGUUCACCGACUAUAAAAGUGUUAACUGGUUCAAGUUUAGGCAUCAGUCAAGCAAUUGAACUUGUCAGAGAAAGUGAGGAACAUCUCAGCGCAAAAAAAUAACGAAAAAUAUUCAAACAUGAAGGCAAUUAGUGUCGCAUUGUAUUUCACCAUACUCGCCGUAGUUAGCGCUCAACCAGGCUACAAGUAUCAACAACCACAAGCCGGACCAUCUGCGCCCAUUGUACCAGCUGUAAGUCAUCAGCAUCAUCACCAUCAUCAUCAUACAGUACCGCAAGCAGGUCCAGCUGCACCCAUUUCCAGUCCGAUUUUACCACCAGCACCACUACCACAACAACCAAGUGCACUGUACUCGCCAGUGCAAUCACCACCAUUGCAAACAUUCAACCCAUCACCAUCGAUUCCAUUGCAACCACCAGCACAAGAGAUCCAAUUGCCAGAGCCACAAGCGCCACCACAACAAAACUACUUGCCACCACUCCAAAACGGUGGAGUGUCAUCAAUCUCACAGAGCCAUCAGCAACAAUUUGUGCAACAACAAGUGGUACAGCAGCAGGCGCAAUACGGAGCUGCGCAACUUAGCCAGCCAAUUCAGCCUCAAACACAAUUUGGUGCUGCGCAACUAAGCCAGCCAAUUCAACCCCAACCACAACAACAGCUGGGUGGCGGUGCUUUUGGCUUCCCCUCCGGCGGUCAAGGUGGUUUCCAACAGAACUUCCAAUCAUUCCAGCAACCACGCCAACAGACUGCCAUCAUCACUAAGGAUAUUUACAUCCACUCAGCACCCGAGGACCAAGAAGAGACUUUGCUCGGUCAACAAUUCGAUAAUGCCCCAAUUCGCAAGAAUUACCGCAUCGUCUUCAUCAAGGCACCAACACACAAUAUCAAAUUAGCCGGCGCCGCUUUGAGACAUGCUCAGAAUGCUAACGAAGAGAAGACCGUCAUCUAUGUGUUGUCGAAGAAACCCGAUUUGUCCGAGGUGCAACAGCAAUUGCAACAGGCUCAAGGUGAACAGAAAACUCACAAACCAGAAGUGUACUUCAUCAAGUACAAGACUCAGGAGGAGGCUCAACGCGCCCAACAGGAAAUCCAAGCUCAAUACGAUGCUCUUGGCGGUUCUACACACAUUUCCGAUGAGGGCAUUGCUCCCCUUACAUCCGUCUCUGGUGGUUCUCUGAACUUAGGUGGCAGCAUUGGCCAGCAACAUUCACAUUCGUCCUUCGUGCAGCAGAACUUCCAGUCGGCCGGCAACUAUAAUUUGCCCACCAACAAAUACUUGCCCAUCAAGAAGAAGUAAAUGGGUUCAUUGGAACUUGCAGAAAUUUACAAAAUAAUUUAGUUCAUAGUUUUUAAGGCACUCACAUAUUCUCUGACUUGUUCAUACAUUCUCUCUUCAAUCUAUACAUUCUAUUAUGGCUUCUUUUUUACUUCUCUUCUGAAUCAUGCGAGCCCCACAAUCGUAUUAUUCAUUCGCCAUUCACACACAAAUAGUUUGUAUUAAUUUAUUGAAUGAAAUAAACCAAAAUAUUUUUUGAUUUU